GUCUUAAAGUUAAACUUCUCAGUCUAGAUUUUCAAAGUCCCGUUAGUCUCUAUGAAACAGUAUCUUCAGAUAAAGUAGGCUAUGCAGAUUCAAAUGUAACUUAAUCCCAAAUUUAACUUUAUGCGCACCAUCGACUCUUGUAGACGUUUGAGGAAGUUAGUGAACCCAGAAAGCAUUUUCAACUUUAACUAUUUUGAAUCGUGCCUGGAACGUUUUUAGAGUUUUUAAAUCCUGAAAUCCUCCAGGACUAAAACUACGUUGCAUCGAACCGGGGUGAGUGGUAGUCUCAGCCCGAGAGAGGAGGUGCUAUGGUAAAGCUGUGUGAAUGCGGAGAGAAUGGCGACGCCGCAGAACAGCAGACAUAACUCUGCUUCAUCCUCCCCUCAGAGGAAGCACGUGAUCCAGGUGGACUCUGUGCAGCGCUGGAUGGAGGACCUGCGUCACAUGACGGAGGUGGAGUGCAUGUGCAUCCUGCAGUCCAAGCCCAUCGGCGUGGACGAGGACGUGCAGGGGGAGCUGAUCGUGGGCGGGGCCGGGGAGCAGGGGGCCGGGGGCGGGGGCGGGGCCAGCGACGGCCUGCAGACGCUGCUGAAGAGGGCCUUCAUCGUGAGCACCGAGCUGGGCAAGAUGUUCCAGCGGCUGGAGAAGGGUCGCUGGCAGCGUGUGCACAGCGCCGCCGUGCGGGCCAACUGCCACGUGCACUCCCUCAUACAGGAGUACAGCGCCACCCGCAGCUCCCCCGCGGAAAUGCAGAAGUAUGAGAAAUCCCUGCUGGAAAAAUGCAUGGAGCUGACAGCCAUCACAGAGAGGUGUGUACAUACAGAAGACGAGUAUUUCCUGUCAUCAAUGAAGGAGGCGAUCCAUGAGAUACUGACGGACGUCAGCGACUCGUUCAGCCAAAUGAUUGACAUGGCCUUGGCCAAUGAGGUGCAGAUCCUGAUCAGACAGAUCGAGACCUCGGACAACGUGUACACCAUCGGCACCGCCAUCAGCAGCCUGCUGUCCCUCACGCAGGACGGCCCCCAACUGUGCAGCAUCAUCGCCAAGGAGGGGGCGGUAGUGGCCCUGUUCAAGAUCUGCAGACAGGACUGCUUCAGCUGCCUGUACGCUCACGCCCUGCGGACGGUGGCCUCCAUCUGCUGUGUGGAAGAGGGCAUCAAGCAGCUGGAGAAGGUGGACGGGAUCCUGUGUCUGGCGGAGAUCCUGACGGACGGGGGCAGUGUGGAGGCGGCACGGGCAGAGGCCGCCGCGGUGGUGGCCCAGAUCACCUCCCCCCACCACACCUGCACGCAGCACCUGGCCAGCUUCCUGGAGAACAUGCAGGACAUCGUCACCGCCCUCAUCAAGCUUUGUGAAGAGGCCUCCACGGGGGAGGUGUUUCUCCUAGCCUCCGCGGCGCUGGCUAACAUCACCUUCUUCGACACCAUGGCGUGUGAGAUCCUGCUGCAGCUCAACGCCGUGCACAUCCUGCUGCAGGCCUGCCACGACCGCCACAGAGUGGACACGCCCUACUCCAAGGACCAGGUUGUAACCAUCUUGGCGAACAUGUCUGUUCUGGACCAGGCUGUAUCUGAGGUGCUUCAGGAGAAGGGGAUUGAGCGGCUGCUGUUGCUCCUGGGUGAGAAACCUUCCUCCUCCAGUCCAUCAGAGGGCGCUGCGUGCGAGAGGGUGCAACAGAAAGCUGCCGUCACGCUGGCCCGUCUGAGCAGAGACCCUGAUGUUGCACAAACCGCCAUCCAGCUGCAGACCAUCCCCCGCCUCAUCGAGCUGUGUCGUUCGCCGGCGGAGAGGAACAACAGCGACUCCGUGCUCGUCGCCUGUCUGGCAGCGCUGCGGAGGCUGGCGGCCGUGUGUCCGGAGAGCGUGGAGGCCAGCGACCAGGAGCAGCUGAUCAAACCGCGGCUGGUCGACUCCUUCCUCCUCUGCUCCAACAUGGAGGAGAGCUUCGUGUAGGAGGCCCCGCCUCCUGCGUCAUGUGUGGGGGGGGG